AUGUCCAACCUCGAAUCCUUCGUUCAUCUGAUGGUUCGGCAAGAUGGGCCUGGAGCAACCCCAGCUUGUGAUACGGGCAACGACUACGACGGCCGCAUCGGCUUGCGGAUAGCCGCGCUCUUCAUCAUAUGGAUCACUUCGUCGAUAGGCGCCGCCUUCCCCAUCUUUGCCAACAGGCACAGAGGGCUCAAAGUGCCCGAAUGGGUGUUUUUCAUCUGCAAGUACUUUGGGUCGGGAGUCAUUAUCGCAACCGCCUUCAUCCACCUGUUAGCUCCUGCGAACGAUGCAUUGACGAAUCCAUGUCUUACCGGGCCAAUCACAGAAUAUGACUGGGUCGAGGGUAUCGCGCUGAUGACCAUAUUUGUGCUCUUCUUUGUCGAGCUGAUGGUCAUGAGAUAUGGGAACUUUGGUGGGGGACAUGGCCAUGGUCAUGGUCAUGAUCACGACGACGAUGGCCAUGCCCAUUCUCACUCACACGCUGUGGAGCUGGACCGAUCUACUACCGACACGGAAAUGACUGCCGCCCCGGGUUCAUCGCCUUACAAAGAUAGUCCCGUAUCGGUGAGCGUGCCUCCAUCAACUCGGACGUCUCGGCCGCAAAGUACGCAUGUGCCGGGAGAGGAUCACAUGGGACAUGCUCGCGAACACAACGAAAUAGAAGAAGCCGCCAACCCAUUCAGUCUCGAAGACUACAAAGCGCAGAUGACGGCAAUUUUCAUCCUCGAGUUCGGUAUCGUCUUUCACAGCGUCUUCAUCGGUCUGACGCUUGCUGUGGCGGGCAGCGAGUUCGACACUCUUUUCAUUGUCAUCAUUUUCCAUCAGACCUUUGAGGGUCUGGGUCUGGGAUCGCGGCUCGCCGUGACGCCGUGGCCGAAAACCCGACGAUGGACCCCGUACGUCUUGGCCUUGGGCUAUGGCAUCAGCACUCCUCUGGCCAUUGCCAUUGGCCUCGGUGUGAGGAAGAGCUAUCCUCCCAAUUCCCAGACGACACUCAUCGUCAACGGCGUCUUUGACUCGGUGUCGGCCGGCAUCCUGAUUUACACAGGCUUGGUGGAGUUGAUGGCCCACGAGUUCAUGUUCAGUAGUUCGAUGCGAAAAGCGAGUAUCCGAACUGUCAUGGCAGCUUUUGUCACCAUGUGUUUUGGGGCUGGAUUGAUGGCACUCCUUGGCAAAUGGGCUUAG